AACCCGCGGGGAGCGUGAAGAAGCAGUGAACAUCGUCAAUCUCGGAAAUGUCGUUGAUGCAACGAUACGGGCGCAGCAAGAGCGUGGUGAAGCGGUCCAAGAAGUACUUGGACGAAGCGCUGUACCAAAAGCUCUUCAAAGAUGGCAGUUCCCAACUCAGCGUUUGUCAGAAUCUCAACAGCUUUAUCAAGAGCGGAAAGCGCGUUUACAAAUGGGAGGUUGGUGAUACGCUCAAGAAGCUUCGCCAACGCAAGCUCUAUAAACCCGCACUCAAGGUCACGCUCAUUCAUAUGCAUGGUUGCAUUUUUAGGUUCAAACCAUUUCUACGUUACGCUGAGCUUUUAAUGUUUAGAAACAGAGCAAGUCAAUGAUCCUACUGGUUUUAACUUUUAUUUCUUUUCCGUAGUUAACUUUUUUUUAUAUGUAUGACUUUGGAUCUGGUAUUUAGUAGAAAUUGUUAUUAUUAUUAAAUUUCCAUGUUGUAGUUUCGAUUUUCUAAUUAAUUGAUGCAUCUUUGAAGUGAGGUUUGGUAAAGGGGAGAGUGCAAUAAUUAUAUUGGUGUUUUUGGAAAAUUUUGAAUUAAGGCUGUUGUUGUUGUGGCUUAUGAUCGUGGCUGUACCAAAGGCAUUCGAAGGGAUGGUAGUGAACUAAUGGCGGUAAUUGCUGGCAACAUAUUCAAGCAUAAACACACAAUAUAGAUGCACAGAAGACUGCUAUCAGAAACCAUGGCUAAGAGGAACAUGAACAAGACUGUCAGUGAUCACGCUAUACAUCUUGAUCUGCUCGCAAAAACUCGAGGUAUUGCUGCUGCUGAAAAUCAUUUUGUUGAUCUUCCCGAAUCUGCUAAGAAUCAUCUAUGUUAUGGUGCCCUUUUAAACUGUUACUGCAAGGAAUUGAUGACUGAAAAGGCGGAAGGUCUUAUGGAAAAGAUGAAGGAGCUUAGCCUUCCUUUAAGUUCCAUCCCUUACAACAGUCUUAUGACUCUGUAUACAAAAGCAGGGCAGCCAGAAAAGAUUCCAUCCAUCAUACAAGAAAUGAAGGCUGGCAAUAUCAUGCUGGAUGCUUACACUUAUAAUGUCUGGAUGAGAGGUCUUGCCGCUGUUAAUGAUAUUUCUGGUGUUGAAAGGGUUCAUGAUGAGAUGAAGAGGGAUGGUCGAGUCACUGGAAAUUGGACACCAUUUAGUAACUUAGCAUCUAUUUUUGUUGAUGCUGGUUUGGUUGAUAAGGCGGAAGUUGCUCUUAAGGAAUUAGAGAAGAGAAAUGCUUUCAAAGAUCUUUCUGCUUAUCAGUUUCUUAUUACGUUGUACGGGCGAACAGGUAACUUAUAUGAGGUUUAUAGGGUCUGGCGUUCUCUUAGGCUGGCAUUUCCUAAAACUGCAAAUAUAAGCUAUCUGAAUAUGAUUCAAGUAUUGGUUAAAUUGAAAGAUCUCCCAGGAGCAGAAAAAUGUUUCCGGGAGUGGGAAUCUGGCUCCCCCACUUAUGAUAUUCGAAUUGCAAAUGUUCUGAUAAGGGCAUAUGCUAAAUUAGAUAUGCUUCAGAAAGCUGAAGAUCUCAAGGAGCGUGCUCGGAGGAGUGGGGCCAAGCCUAAUGCAAAAACAUGGGAAAUCUUCUUGGAUUACCAUUUGCAAAAAGGAGACUUGAAGUUGGCAGUGGAUUGUUUAGGCAAAGCAAUAUCAAUCGGUAGAGGGGAUGGUGAGAAAUGGGUUCCAUCAUCUGCACUCAUUGAUAACAUGAUGAGGAAUUUUGAGCAAGAGAAGGAUGUCAAUGGUGCAGAAGAAUUUCUAGAGAUCUUGAAGAAAUCUGUGGAUUCUCUAGGGGCAAAGGUGUUUGAAUCCUUGAUCAGAACUUAUGCAGCUGCUGGCAGGACCAGUUCAGCAAUGCAACGGCGAUUGAAGAUGGAGAAUGUAGACGUGAGUGAAGACACCCAGAAGUUGCUUGAGGCAAUUUCUGUGGAGUAACUCACAAUACUUUUGUUCUUCCAAGUUUUAGUUGUUGUAAAUUGAGAUGCCGUGGCUUUCUUACACAUUAUGCUUUGGUGAGAAAAUUUGGCAUGUCAAUUUAAACAUCAAGAAGUGGCGCAUGCUGUAUUGGCAUUGAAGGAAUCUUAUUUGAUUAUUGAAUAAUGAAAUACAGGAGCUGCGAAGGUGCAUUCAUAUUUCACAGUGAAUCCUGUGUGCUAUAAAGAAAUGUGCAACACAAAUGGGAUCUAACAUCUAAGCAUAAAACAUUUCAGUCAGUGAAAGGUUGGUUAAUAUGUUCUACUUCUGAAAACAUUAGUUUGAUUGUUGAAGAUAUAUUUGUUAUCUUUGGGUAAAAUUAAAGGAAAGGGAUGAAAGAGACCAAGGUAAAGCAAUACUCGAAAUACGAGAGUGUUUUAUCAUGAAUAUGUAAUUUGGCACUUAUAAUUCAACCAAGACAUAACAUGAAUAUGUAUCAUUAAUAAAUCACAUCUUUACUAUUUUUAAAUAACAUUAUGAAGUACAAACUUCUGAAUUUGAGAUUUGGAAAUAUGAAGAAAAUUUAAG